AUGGACCUGUUCUAUCCUAGUCCACCGUCUGCACCAUCAUCAUCAUCAUCGCUAUCACCAACAACGCUAACCGCAACCUCAACACCACCACCAACACCACCAUCACCUUCAACUUCAAUCUCGUCAUUAUCUCCCCUCUACUAUCCUUCCUCUUUCUCCUCACCUGCUUUCCCGUCUCUCAUCAACCGCCGCCUCAUCAUCAAGUCACCCGAGUCGGCCGACACGCUGUACACUUUACAAGCGGUUUUGGUCACCUUCUACCUGUUAAUCUUCCUGUCGGCCAUAUCGGGUAACUGCUUGGUCAUUCUUACCCUCGUACAGAACAAACGGCUCCGGACUGUCACAAAUGUUUUCCUCUUCAAUUUGGCCGUCAGUGACUUACUCCUGGCCGUGUUUUGUAUGCCAUUUACCUUGGUGCCGUUUCUUUUGAGGAAUUUCAUCUUCGGAACUGCCAUGUGCGUGAUGAUACGUUACUUGCAAG